UAAAGCGCCGUUUAUACCUUCAGUCCGCUGCCCCGGUCCGCAGGGAGCGAACACCGCUAGCUGUGUGCACUCAGGGCGCGCAGGGGGGGUUAGCUACUGUGCUAACUGAGGGAAAGUUGGCCAUUUUGGAGACGAGUUUGUGUGUGAAAGUGACCAGGAGGUGAGCGAACCGACCAAGGAGGAGAAGGCAGUGGCCAAAUACCUCCGCUUUAACUGCCCUACCAAGUCCACUAACAUGAUGGGCCACAGAGUAGACUACUUCACAGCCUCUAAAGCAGUGGAUUGUCUGCUCGACUCUAAAUGGGCCAAAUCGAAGAAACCUGAAGAAGCUUUAUUCAGCACCAGAGAGUCUGUGGUGGAUUACUGCAACAGGCUCCUGAAGAAGCAGUUCUUCCACCGGGCUCUGAAGGUGAUGAAGAAGAAACCAGAGAAAGAUCCAAAGAAGGAGAAGGUGAAGGGUGAUGGAGGCAAAGAGGAGGAGAAGAAGAGCAAGAAGGAGAAGGAAAAAGAGAAGGAGAAGAAGAAAGACACCGAGGCCACAGACACCAAGAAAGAGAAGAGCGAUGAAAGUCCAGGAUCCCCGAAGAAGAAAAAAGAGAUUAAGAAGAAGUUUAAACUGGAGCCUCAUGAGGAUCAGCUGUUUCUAGAUGGAAAUGAGGUGUAUGUGUGGAUUUAUGACCCAGUCCAUUUUAAAACCUUUGCCAUGGGGCUGGUGUUGGUGAUUGCAGUGAUAGCUGCGACACUGUUCCCCCUGUGGCCGGCAGAGAUGAGGGUGGGUGUGUAUUACCUGAGUGUGUGUGCAGGCUGCUUCGUCGCUAGCAUUCUCCUCCUUGCUGUUGCUCGCUGUAUUUUGUUCCUGAUUAUCUGGUUGGUCACUGGGGGGCGCCAUCACUUCUGGUUUCUCCCCAACCUGACGGCGGAUGUGGGGUUCGUCGACUCGUUCCGUCCGAUUUACACGCAUGAGUACAAGGGCCCCAGGACGAGCGGCAAGAAGGGCGCAGGGAAUAAGUCCGAGGGCAAGGGCACCAAGACACAGAAAUCGGACAGCGAGGACAAAUCAGAUGGCGAGAAGAAGGAGGAAGAGGAAGAUGAAGUGGAGGAUGAAGAGGAAGAGGAGGCAGGGAAGGAGGCGGAUCGGCGCUCUGAUUCGGACUUCGAGCGUAGAGAGGAUGACGGCUCGCAGCACAGCAACGGAAACGACUUCGAGAUGAUCACGCGUGACGAGCUGGAGCAGCACACGGAGGAAGAGGAGGAGGAGGAAGAGGAAAAAGAGUCUAAACCGCACCAGACGUAAACUGUGUAAUCGUUAGUGAGAUUCGCCCAUCACCUCGCACAUUGCGAUCUUCCACUACAGAAACACACAGGGGUCAAAGGUCUACGCAAAGAGCUGGGAUAUGGCUUCUGGGAGCCAUUUUGGAUUUAUUUUAUUUCCUAGUUAAAGAAAGAAAAACACACACACACACUGUCUGUGUUCACUGGUUGUGUAACUACCAUAAACUCUCUUCCUGCCUGUGUCA